AUGGCUGACGACCUGGAUCUUCCCAUUGCCCAACGUCGGACCCGACGAGCGGCUUCGGGGGCUCAGACCAAUUCAAAUUCAUCCAUGACCAGGCCGAUGUCAUCUUGCAUAUCCGUCUCCAGCACUCCCACCAGGAAAUCCAGAAAGCCGAAACAAGUUCGGUUCUCUGACCCCGGCCCGGUUCUCAAUUCACAUGAAAAUCAACUCUCCACGGGCCUCACGCCCAUGAUCCGGAGGACAUUUAUUACGGGCCGUCCCAAGAGGCGGCACUCUACUCCCGCGCGAUCCGGGGGGUUAUCCUCUGGAUCGCGAGCCAGUUUUGCCGACCUGGACAACCCGCGAGCGCCCUUCAGCGGCGAUGUGAACCUGCUGCCGCUGCGCCAAGUCCUCGACGGCCGCGUCAAGCGCCGCAUCAGGCGGAACGGCCUGAGCGAGGAGAUGAACACCAUCACCUCGGAGAAGAAGCGGCGGGCUCAGGAGACCAAGGCCGAGCUCGAACGUCUAAAGGCUUCCGUGGCCGAGAAGGACGAGGAGAUCUACCGGCUCCACAACGAGACGGUGGUGGUCGACACGGAACGUGUGUGGGAGCUUGAAAAGGAGGUUGAGGCUCUGAAGAAGGAGCUCGCAAACAGAUCCGACGUCCAAGAGGUUAGCAGCCCAAGAUACGACUGGACUAUGGCGGCCCGGGAUCCCUUCUCCGAUGACUUUAUGGAACUGGACACUGCCAACGACAAUCAUGUCGACGACGACGACUUUGGCGAGGCUACCAUGGCAGACCUGGCAUGCAGUACUCCUACUCGGAAAGCACGCACCUCCUUCCCUACUCCUCCGACAACAAGCCCCGCAGCCGCACUGGCGACUCCCUGCCGCCACCUGAUGACCCCGCGAUCAGAUACCGGUGUGCAAGCAAGCUUGCCAUAUCCGGAGAAGGAGCAGCUAGAGGACGAGCUUGCCUCCCUCCAACUGGAAGUCUGCAAACUGACGAGCACUCUCGAGUCCUACUCGGCAUUGACCUCUCGCCUCUCCGACAAGCUCAGCCCAUUCGCGUCCGACCCGCCAGCAGACGCCACCGCCGCAGAGGAGACAUCCUCGCCCCCGCAGCCCGCCAUUGAGACACACCUCAACAACCUCCUCCGCACGCUAUCAGACCGCACCGCAGCCCUCCUCCAUCUAAACUCCUCCCUCAGCGACCUCGGCUUCCCGGGUUCAGACGCUUCCGAGAUAAUCACCUCCCUCUCCUCGGCCUUCCGCACCGCCCGCCUAGAGCUCGAGUACCUGACGCCCGGCGAGAUCCCGCUCCCGCUGACCGCGGCCGGCGCCUCGGUCCUGGACCUCGUGCUGGCACGCCUCCGCGACCUGUCCCGCCGUGCCCGCGACGCCGACGACUCCAUCGACGAGUACCACGCCCAGGAGCGGUCGCUGCGCCAGCAGCUGGGCGCCCGCGUCGCCGCCAUGGACGACAUGGCGGCGCAGCUGGGCCGCCGCGACGCCCGCAUCGCCGACCUCGAGGUCGGCGUCGACCGCCUCAAGGGCGCCGCAAGAAGCUACGCGCGCGACGUCGCCGAGCUGGAGCAGCUGGUGGGCCGCAUGGAGGGCGACCUCGCUGCUAAGGAUGCCGAGCGCGCCGCCGCGGUGGAGGACCUGGAACGGAGGCUUGCGGGCGCGGCGGAGCGGACUGAGGCGCUGCGGGCGGAGGCGGAGGCGCUGAGGGGGAAGCAUGCCGAGGCGCUGCGGGAGGCGGGCGAGGCGCGCCGCGCCGAGGUGGCGAGGCUGAACGGGGCGCAUGGGCGGGCGCUGGCGGCGCGGGACGCGAGGGUCGCGGAGCUGAGGGGGGAGGUGGAGAGGCUUGACGGGGCGCUGGGGGCGGCGCACGAGGCGGUGCGCCUUCUUCGGCUGGAGGGCUCGAGGCUGAGGGCGGAGAAUGAGGGACUUGGGGCUGCGGUGGAGGAGGGGGAGGGUAGGGCUAGGGGGGCGAUUGAGUCGAUGAGGGCGGAGCUGGAGAGGGUUGUUAGGAUGAGCGAGGGGUUGCUUGCUACGCCAAAGAAAGUGAACGGGUCGGGGAGGAAGGUUGGUGUGGCGGAGAGUGGGAGUGAGAGGAGGGAUAGCGCGCUUGGGGAGGAGGGGAGGGUGGAGGGGGAGAAAGAUGAGGUGAGUAUGCUCAUCAUCCCGACGUCGGCAGUGGCAGGGGGCUUGGCGGCUUGUGUCAUGGAAACGAAUGGGAGGAAGAAGAGGAGGUACGACAGUGGAUUGGGAUUCCUGGACGAGGAGGAGGUUGAUGCCAAUGCCUAA